AUGGAGAGCAACAGCAACCCCCAACAAUCUCAGCGUGGCAAUGCCCUAAUGCCAACAGGCCCAUGUAACCCGCAGGUCGUGGCCCAGCUCUUUUCCGCGCUGCAAUCAUUCUACGCGCAGUGCAGAGCACCUAUCACUCCCUCACCGAACAUCGUUGAGGUGUCACAAGAUUGCAUACCAGACACCCCCCCCAGCCAGCAGGGUCAGGAUGGUCCCUCCACUAGUGCAGCUAACGUGGUUGAGCAGGCCCCCAGCAGGCCACGGACGCGCUUACAAGCUGCUAAAACUCAAAAACCUAAGUCAGGUCCAUUGAAAGGCCAGGCCGGCGGUGGCCUCUACAUCAGCCCCGCGCCAGGAGGUGAUUGAUGUUCCCAGUGUUUUCCAGGAUAACCCUAGACAACCAAGCACCUCGGAGGAGUCAUCUUCUGAGGAGGAGCUGCCCCCUCAGCAGGUGGCCGCUGCCAGCGACCCGGCCCCCCGUGACGACGCACCACGGGGCGGAAAGCGGAAGGCGAAGAAGAAGCACCGGUCGAAGAAAAGCAAGAAGAGGGACACUUCGGACUCUGAGGAGGAAACAGGUACCUCUUCAUCAGAUGGGGAUAGUGACACUCCAAUGGAGACAUAUUGGGGGAGGGGAGGACGUUGGAGCCCCCCAGUGGGUGCAUGAACGGAGGGCCAACUCACACAGGAAGGCAUUUAAUGGCACGCUUGAUUGGAAGGAUGGGGCUCUGGUCCCAGACGUUAAAGUCUCAACCAACGCUGCCACUGACUUUAUUCUGGGGAACCACCUCUCUAAGAGGAAGAGGAACAAGAUAUUGAAUGGCAAUUACGUAGAUAUGUUUUCCUUGCUGCCCCCAGCUCAGGUCAAGGGAAAAGGGGAAAAAAUUAAGUACUAUGGGAAAAGGAGGUACAGGGUACCCGGGUAGAGCGAACGUUUGAGAAUUGGCUUAAUGGCUAUCAGGUGUUUAUGGCUGUGGUGUCAAGUUGCUAUCCUAAGAGGGGCGCGCACCUCGUGUCCUACCUGGCACACGUCAGGAGGGCACGGGAGCAGGCAGGAGAUGAAGCUGCUUUGGCGUAUGAUGAAGACUUUCGGAGGAAUGCCUCGCUGCUGUCUUCAACGCGCUGGGACCAAAAGGACAACAAUUGCUGGUUCGAACAUGUGGGGCCCAAUAUCGAGAAGAAAACCGCUCAUCAGCCAAAAGCUGGUAAGGUGGAGACCCAACGCCGUAGGCAGUGCUGGGACUUCAACAAGGGUAUCUGUCAGCGCGUUACCUGUAAGUACCUGCACGAAUGCGAUAG